AAUUAACAUUGCCAGCAAUUGUGAAAUAUAAUUCAUUUGUCUCGCUUUUAUUAAUAAAAAUUAUAUAAAGUAAAUACGUCAUCAGAACAUAUUUAACGACAUGGAGGACACCAAUGACAAGCAGGCGCAGCAAAAGGAGAACGAGCUUGGGAAGAUCCCCUCUCAGGAGUUGAAAACCGACGAUCUUGCAAGUCACCAAGACCAACGUGAUAAAAAACUAAAGAUUGACAUGCAACAGGAGAAGAUUAUCGUAGAUGAGCCCAAGAUGGUAGACAAAUCGACGCAGCUGACCGUGCAAAAGCUUCAACAGCAAAUCGAGGAGCUUGAGAACAACCGUAAGCUGUUACUGAAUCGACUUGCAGAAGUAAAAUCACACAAUGUAAAGAUUCAGAAGAAAGAUAACGAGGUUCAGCCUCAAAACUCUCAAGUGGACCAGACUGCUACUGAAGUUAAUCAAAUUCUAAAACAGUUGGAACAGCAGAUCUCCAAAACUGCGACCCUAGAAGAUAAUCUUGAAGAGCAGGACAAAUCCAAUAAAUUAAUCAUUGAGGAACUAGGACAGCAAAUUGCAGAGCUUGAGGAAGACCAUAGACUUUUUCGUAGUGAGCUCGAUGAGAAGGAACAUGCAUACCUAGAGGAAAUAGACGAUCUGCAGGAAGAAGUUGAUGAUCUUUAUAUUAAUAUUACCUGUUCCAUUUGCCAAUCUCCCUGGACAUCUGAUGGGGAACAUCGCCUAGUUUCGUUGUACUGUGGACAUCUAUUUGGGAAAGAAUGCGUUCAGCGGCUCGCCGAAUGCCCAACUUGCGGAUCGGAAAUUCGUUCAACAGGUGUGCGGCCCAUCUUUGGUCGCAACAUCUUGCCAGCUAAUUAGGUUUUCCGGCAUACUACUUUAUAACCGUUUAGUCAAUAAGUACAACUUGAGUCGUGAAGAAACCUACAACAAUGCAUUAUUAUGAUAAACUGGAAGAAGUUUAAUCAAAAUAUGUUAUGUUUUUUUUUUGCCCAGUCGUUUGCCCAUGUUACUUUCAUUAUAAUUUUUACAUUUCCUUACCUAUCGGCAAAAUAAAAGCACAAGAUACACGAUUCUGUUCAUCUCUUCCAUUUAUUUACAGGAAAAUUUUGCCAUGAAUAUUCUUUAAUUAAUUAACUGAAAUUUAAUGUAGUUCGCCCUUUGGUAUUUUUCAGUUGAUAUUUUGUACGCUGGUCUGGUAACACUUGAAAAUAAAAUUGCCAGCAAUUGUGAAAUAAAAAUCAUUUGUCUCGCUUUUAUUAACAAAUACUCGCAUUAAAUAAAGUAAACUCGUCAUCAGAACAUAUUUAAAGAUAUGGGGGAUACCAAUGAUAAGUCCGUCGCACUGCCAUUGCAGCUGGCGCAGAACAACAACUCGCAAAUGGAAGACGCUACAACUGAAAUUGUUGGAAUUAACUAUCUGUUGGAAAAGGAGAAGCGCAAUCAGGCGACUUUGCUUGAAAAAUUGAAAACGCACGACCAAUCGACACAAGUGACCAUCCAGAAUCUUCAGCAGAAACUCUAUGAGCUUCAGAAGGGCCGUGAGCUGUUGCUUAAUCAACUUGUGGAAAAGGAACUUUCAUACAAAAUCGACACGGAAGAGCUGAAGGCAGUUCUAGAUGAUCCUGGUGACGACCAUACUUGCAUUAUCUGUCUAUCUCCUUGGGAAUCGACUGGGCCUCAUCGUGUAGCCUCGCUGCCCUGUGGACAUCUAUAUGGGAUGUCCUGCAUAAGACUAUCUGUACGCCGAACGGAAUUCUGCCCGAAGUGCAGAGUCCCAGCACGUUAUUUUGAUAUACGCUUCGUCUUGCCCGAUAUUCGCCCAGAAUAAAUAAUACGUUUUGCUGGGUUCUAUUUAAAUUGUCAAUUUGGCAAACCUUUUGUUAUGAUUAAAAGAUUAUUAUAAUAAAGAAC